AGCCUUACUCAACAUCAGAAAAUGCAUAUUGGAGAGAAUCCUUAUCAAUGUAAACAAUGUGGUGAAACCUUUAGGCACCUGACAACACUUACUAAUCAUCAGAAAAUUCAUACUGGAGAGAAGCUUUAUGAAUGUACACAAUGUGGCAAAACCUUUAGCCGGAAUGCAUACCUGACUCAACAUCAGAAAAUUCAUACUGGAGAGAAGCCCUAUGAAUGUACACAAUGUGGGAAAGCCUUUAGACACCUGAAUACACUUACUAAUCAUCAGGAAAUUCAUACUGGGGAGAAGCCCUAUGAAUGUACACAAUGUGAUAAAGCCUUUAGACACCUGAAUACACUUACUAAUCAUCAGAAAAUUCAUACUGGAGAGAAGCCUUAUGAAUGUACACAAUGUGGCAAAACCUUUAGCCAGACUGCACACCUGACUCAACAUCAGAAAAUUCAUACUGGAGAGAAGCCCUAUGAAUGUACACAAUGUGGCAAAACCUUUAGCCAGACUGCACACCUGACUCAACAUCAGAAAAUUCAUACUGGAGAGAAGCCUUAUGAAUGUACACAAUGUGGCAAAACAUUUAGCUGGACUGCAAACCUCACUCGACAUCAGAAAAUUCAUACUGGAGAGCAACCCUAUGAAUGUACACAAUGUGGGAAAGCCUUUAGCCGGACUGCACACCUGGCUCAACAUCAGAUAAUUCAUACUGGAGAGAAGCCCUAUGAAUGUACACAAUGUGGGAAAGCCUUUAGACACCUGAAUACACUUACUAAUCAUCAGAAAAUUCAUACUGGGGAGAAGCCCUAUGAAUGUACACAAUGUGAAAAAGCCUUUAGACACCUGAAUACACUUACUAAUCAUCAGAAAAUUCAUACUGGAGAGAAGCCCUAUGAAUGUACACAAUGUGGCAAAACCUUUAGACAGACUGCACACCUGACUCAACAUCAGAAAAUUCAUACUGGAGAGAAGCCCUAUGAAUGUACACAAUGUGAAAAAGCCUUUAGACACCUGAAUACACUUACUAAUCAUCAGAAAAUUCAUACUGGGGAGAAGCCCUAUGAAUGUACACAAUGUGGCAAAACCUUUAGCCAGACUGCACACCUGAGUCAACAUCAGAAAAUUCAUACUGGAGAGAAGCCUCAUGAAUGUACACAAUGUGGCAAAACCUUUAGCCGGACUUCAGUCCUUAAUCAGCAUCAGAAAAUUCAUACUGGAGAGAAGCCUUAUGAAUGCACACAAUGUGGCAAAUCCUUUAGCCAGACUGCACACCUCACUCGACAUCAGAAAAUUCAUACUGGAGAGAAACCCUAUGAAUGUACACAAUGUGGGAAAGCCUUUAGACACCAGGGGACACUUACUCAACAUCAGAAAAUUCAUACUGGAUAG